AUGUAUAAAUUGCCAGGAGAGGAUCUGGAUUUUGGGCUAAGACCACUGUUAAAUGAUGGCUAUAUUCUUGAUCUUUUAAAGCUAUCUAGAACUACUAAACUGAUAGAUGUGUUUGUAGAACAUAUUAGACCUGAUUAUGAAGGUUUGCAGUUAAGAAACCAUGUAGAGCAUGAUGAGCAUGAUAUCAAUGAAAAUGUAGAUGAUGUGGAUGGCAGUAGUGCUGCUGAUGGGGAGCACAUUGUUGAAGAGAUUGUAAGUAGUGAUGGAUCUGAAAAUAGUGGUAGUGAUGGAUCAGAAAAUAGUGGUAGUGAUGGAUCAGAUGAUAGCAAUUUUGAACCUAAGGCAGGUGACUAUGAGCAGGGUGAUAGUAGUGAUAUAGAUGAGGUUUUUAAAGGAAAGGGCAAAGUAGAUGAGGUUUCUAAAGGAAAGGCCAAAGUAGAUGAGGUUUCUAAAGGAAAGGCCAAAGUAGCUGAGGGUAAUUAUGUAUCUGAUGAAGACUCAGACUAUAUUAUGGAUGUUGAUAACAUUGUUGAGGAGUAUGAUGUUGAUAUGGAUGAUUUUAGGGCUGCUGUAGAUUUUGAUUUAAGUGAUGAUGGGGCAGACUUAGAUAUUGGAGAUGAUAUAAACAUGGAUGUUGAGAUUGACUUAGAAGAAUUUGAUAGCUUGAGUGAUGAUGAGAAUGACACAAAGAUGCAAAAGAGCAUGAGGGCUCAUAGGAGGAAGCAUAAAAAACCAAAAGAACUGAUGGUUGUCCUUUUUAUCUUGGUCAAACCUUUAGUAAUAAGGAACAAAUCAAAAGUUUGUAAGGGCUUCAAUCCUAAACUGGUCAGGGCUGAAACAGAGGCAAAAGAUGGGGCUGUUGCUGAAGAUGUAACAAACAUUAGGGGUAAAACAAAAGCAAAAGGGCUGGAAGUUGAAGAUGUGACAGUUGGGGGUAUAUCUGGAAGUAAAUUAAAUGCUGGGGGUAUAUCUGGAAGUUCAUUAAAUGCUGGGGGUACAUCUGUAAAUUCAGCAAAAAGUGCAAGUGGGCUUAAAGUUAAACCUAAACCUAGAAAAGGGAUAUAA